AGAUUUUGUCGUUGAUAAAUAUUUACAAAUAAAAUUACGAUUAGAGGUAAUUAACGAAUGCGUGUGUGCGUGUUGUAUGUAUAUUGCGCGCGCGCGCGCGUGAAUUAUAUAUUAUUGUUAAAUCAAAUAAUCCAAUAGUUUUUUUGACAUAAGAAAAUUUCUUUUUUGAAUAUUACUUUGAUCAUAUAAAUAAGAGCAAAGUCACGUAAAACAGUUCGUAUGCUCAUAAACAUAUUCGGUAUUGUUUCUUAACGAUGACGUUAAAACGCUCUAAUAUAAUUCGAAAAAUUAAUAUAUUAUUAUUAACCGCGUGGUUCUUAAGAAGAUAAGUUGUGAUUUUCUAACGACAACGACACGGCGACAACGACCGUGGUGGUAACAGUAACAGUAGCAGUAGUAGUAGCAGUAGCAGAAGCCGAAGCCGAAGUCGAAGCCGAAGUUGAAGCCGAAGCAGUCAACGAUAGCGGACAGCUGCGAUCGAAGGACAUGAAUAGGUGUGACAAGGAAGGAGAUAGAAAUAAGAGUGUUUCGGAGAAGGCAAAAGGGAGAAGGCCAUAAAUACGCAAGAUUAGAACCUUUUCAUCAUUACUUCUCUGUCCUUUGUGUCUGGAUUGAACGCAGGAAACAUGUUAUUAAACGGUCAGACUGCAAUCAUCAAGUUUCUUCCAAAAUAUUAUCUUUUCGACUAUCUCUCUUGUAUUCGAAUGAAACGAUAAAGAAAGAAAAUAAAAAGCUCAUAUCAGUUAAUAUAAUAUUUUCGCGCCGUACGUUAACCGACGCGAUCUCUCUUUCUCUCUUUGUUUUGUGUAUAGUGACAAGGAACAAGAUUAAUGUUAACUUGGCAUACCCUUUCAGAGCGACCCUUUUUUUCUUUCUUACUUCUUUUUUUCAUAGAUAACGAGCUCUUACGCCGUUACGGUUAUCUCUCAGGAGCUGCGAAUGGUUAUUUUAUUUUUAUUUUUAUUUUCUUCUUCUUCUUUUUUCCCGCGCUAGAAACUGAUGCGCUUAGGCCUUACGUUAGAUUGAACGCGCUAAUUCGAAGAGAAAUUCAGUCAAGUCAAGGUUAUAUGCGUGCGUCUCUUUUCCAAUGUGUAUUGUCAAAAUCAGCUGCCAUUACUACUAUAGCGUGUUGUACUUACGUACUUAGGACACUAUUCUCGUCGUCGUGGUCGUCGUCGUGGUCGUAUUGAGGAAGAGAAAUCAAAGUGUACAAGCAUAAAAUAAAACAAAGGAAAUAUUGAGAUUGAUUAUUCCUGCCUUGCCUUUGCUUAAGGAAUAAAUAAGCAAGCAAUUGUAUUAAAAAAGAAUUAUAGUUCUAAGAGGGAGCAAAAGCAAAGAUUAAACGUAAUAGUGGUAAAUGCGGUGGUUGAAGGAGAUAUGGACCCAUCAAUGUUCGUUGCUUACACCCCUCAAACAAAUGGAGUUCCAUUGGAGUCCAAACUUGCUACCUACAUGAAUCGUCAAAGUCCUGGGACAACAUUAAAUGCUAAUGCAGUAACAAAACAUCUAUCCAAUCUUUCCCUUGACUCGCAGAAGAAAGUAACUGCCAGCCCAGAAUUUGUACCAGGGAGAGGUUUAACUGGUAGCAAUAGCAGUUCCCCUAAUCUUUUUAAUAAUUCUUAUCACUCCCAAGAAAAUGUAGGUGGCACAACUUAUUUUUAUCUUGGCAAUGCUGCCACAGAUGCCGUUGGAGGGGAAGAGGGAACGGAUGGCAUUGCUACUAUGGGAACAGGUCAAGCAGGCUAUGUAUAUCCGGGUACGCCGGCUCAUUUGCAACCUGUCAAACCAUCCAAGACUUCUUCAUCAAGUAGCUCCUCUGCCCCUUCCACACCCCCGCCGCAAGCAGCUCCUAGCUAUUUUAUCAGUGAAAGUUUACGAAUGGACAUUCUUCAAAAGAAUGCAUUAGUAUUAGCUCAACCCGAUAUGGUGAGAUUUCCUGAUUUACCAAAUGAGGUAGACAAUUAUCACGAGUUAUGUCCAUUGGAACCUACCCAUAAGCCAACUUCUACGGUACUUGGAUAUCAAACUUCGACGUAUAAAGCAACCAGUAUAAAAAGUGGUACACGUUAUUGUUUACGUCGUGUUCAUGAUUUCAGACUCGCAAAUACAAAAUGUAUGGUUUUGGUCGAUAUGUGGAAAAGACUAGCGCACACUAAUUUAGUUCAAUUAAGAGAGGUCUUUACUACUAAGGCCUUUGGCGAUCAUUCCAUGGUAUUCGUAUAUGAUUAUCAUCCUGGAUCAGAGACAUUAUUAAACAAGCAUUUUUCAUCGACUGAAUUGAAUGGUUAUACCGAUCCAUUUUCUUCGGAUCCCAAUGCUCCACGUCCGUAUAGUCAUACAAAAAAUACUAUUCUUAGGCAACAACAUAGUAGUAUGCUUCCUGAAAGUGUUAUUUGGAGUUAUAUCAUUCAACUCACUGCUGCCCUACGUGUAAUUCAUGCAGCUGGCUUGGCAUACAGGUGUUUGGAUCCCACCAAAGUAUUAUUAACGUCACGUACACGGCUUCGUUUGAGUUGCGUCGCUAUACCGGAUGUUGUUACAUUUGAUGGAACUGCAACAAAUCCACUUACACUCAUACCUCAUUAUCAACAAGAGGAUUUAAUAGCACUAGGAAAGUUGGUAUUGGCUUUAGCAUGUCGCAGUCUUCUUGCCGUCCAUCGCGACAAUAUGCAGGCCUCUCUCGAGCUCGUCGCACGAUCUUACUCCACCGAUCUUCGAAAUCUUAUAUUAUAUCUACUUUCAAAUCAAGCUCGAAGAAGUGUAACAGAUCUCAUGCCAAUGAUUGGAGCACGUUUUUAUACUCAAUUAGAUGCUGCUCAACUUAGGUCUGAUGUACUCGAGAACGAACUUGCUAAGGAAUUAGAAAAUGGAAGAUUAUUUAAGUUACUCGUUAAAUUAGCUACCAUUAAUGAAAGACCAGAAUUGAAUAUGGAACCUACUUGGGCAGAAACUGGUGAUAGGUAUAUGCUCAAAUUAUUUAGGGAUUAUGUUUUCCAUCAAGUAGCCGCCGAUGGAAGACCUUGGUUAGACAUGGCACAUGUUGUCUCUUGCUUAAAUAAGCUUGACUCUGGAUCUCAUGAUAAGAUAUGCUUAAUGUCACGGGAUGAACAAAGUGUAUUAGUUGUAAGUUAUGCAGAGUUACGACAAUGUUUGGAAACUUCGUUUGGAGAAUUGGUACAAUCAACAAAAGAUGCUGUCUAGGCCAAUGAUCUUUUCUUAUUGGCUAGAUACAUACUCCGAAC